CAAUCUUGUCUUGAUACGAACAUGUAGUUGGCAAAAUGUAUUCUCUUUAGAGUAUUUAAAUAGAUGAGUUUCGUAUCUGUUUUGUUUUCUCUGUUCUUAUCACGCACUCAUAAAAAUAUGUUAUAUUGCACGCAUUUUAAUUUUAAAAUAAUUUCAUUAAAUAAAAAGAUAUCACUUAAUAGUGAUAACUAUAGUAUUAGUUAUUAUUAUUCAAAUUUAUUAUUUUUCUGAAUAGAGAAUGUGAACGUAUGUAAUUACUUUUUCUAUUUAAUCUGUUUAUUUGUCUAUCUCUGCUUAAAUUGUAUUAAUCCUUUCUUAAUAAUACGCCAUAAUUAACACAUAUGUUACUGUUGUAUUGCAUAAUAUAUUCCGUUGCUUUCUCGAAGCUGCAGUAUAACGAUAUCGACGUUGCAGACAAGCUAUCAUUACCGAUUGAUAAAUAAAUGUUUGAGCUUUAUAGUUCUUCUUCCAGAUGGCUAAACAUUGAAAGAUAUUUUAAUUUAUAGAAGGAAAAAAUUGAAUUAUACCUUCUAUUGUUUUUGCUUCAAUAUAGUUUUCAUUAAAAAUCAUAUUUAAUCAUAUUUAUGUAAAAUAAAUGUCAUAUUUUUAUUUCAGUAAAAAUUAACUGUAGAUCUAUUACAUAACAUAAUAAAUACACGAUAUCUUUGUAAAAUAAUUUUAUGCCAAUAAAUUAUUUCUUAAAAAUCCCAUAAAUGACUUUCGCAAAUUCUAUAAACGUCAGACAUUGACUCGUUAAACAUGUAUAUGCCGCAACGUGUGAAAGACUUUAAUCUUUCACGUGGGGCCAUUGUCCGUCAAUCUUCGUUGUAAUAAGUUUACCUUCCAAAUUAAUGUCCAAGAUAAUGAGGAUGCGACCGUGCGCAAUGAAGGAUGACGGCCGGCUGCGAACCACCUCUUCAGUCUGGCGCACUUUGUCCGUCUACAAUGUACCGUCUAGUUCGAAUUAUCCGCGACAUGACCUCGAAGAUUUACUGUGCAAUUGUCUUCCUUUCAUUAUGCAAGACGAACACGUAUUCUCUCGUCUCGCACAUCUGCACCGCGAAUACGCGGAUUUCUACAGAUACGGAUUAUUCAUCGAUGUCUCCAGAGGAAUCAAUAACAAUCUUUGAGGAGAUGGAAAACCGACUGUCAAACCUGGAACGUAGAUUGCGAGCAGUUGAACAUCCCGUCUGGCAAAUUAGUUUGAGAGAGGAAGACUGGGAGAUCUGUGCCGAGGGACCCUGCAAAUGUAUACCGGAAAUGAAAUCGGUGUCCUGCUGGAGAUACAAUCUGUUGAAUCUACCCCCGACACAAUUGGUCCCUGCUGAUGUGCUACGACUAGAUCUUGGGAGUAAUCGGCUCAGCGCCCUACACAGAGAUACAUUUAGAAAUAUGACGCAUUUGCACCAUCUAGACUUGAGCAGCAAUCUAAUCGAGCAUUUGGCAUCGGGCUUAUUCCUAUCGUUGCACAGUAUCGCAAAUGUCAGAUUAAGUAACAAUCUCUUGAAGGAAAUACAACGAAAUCAGUUUUUUGGAUUACGGAAUCUUCGAAUACUCGAUCUGUCAUCAAAUAAACUUCGUACUUUACCUGAAGAUCUUUUUUUGAGUAACAGCCACUUGGCUUUAUUGGAUCUCUCUUUUAAUCGCAUCUCAUUAUUAUCUUCCGGCACGUUUCAUGGCCUCGGAAAUCUUGAUGAACUGUUGCUGGGUAGAAACCGACUAGCUAGAUUACCCGUUUCAAUUUUUCGGGACACCAUUAAUCUCAGACGCCUCGUACUUGAAGAAAAUCGUUUGAAAGAGUUGCCUAACGGUCUACUUGAAGAUCUGACGUCUCUUAAAGAGUUGAAUAUACGGAAUAAUCGAUUGACGGAGGUGUCCAAGGAAUUGUUUGUGACCUUAUCACAACUGGAAAUUUUGGAAUUAUCGAGCAAUAAAAUAUCUCGUAUUGACGCAAGAGCCUUUCAUGAUAUGACAGCGCUUCGAGAACUUCGAUUAGGACAUAAUCAUAUAAAAUACUUGCCACUUGGAUUAUUCAACAACUCUGUAUCUUUAGAACGUCUUAUUCUCUAUGGCAAUCGCAUAGAAAUUCUAGUAAGAGGUGUUUUUCGCGGCUUGUUCAAUCUCACUUCUCUUUUUCUGCAAUCCAAUCGAUUGAAGAUACUGCAAUCAGGAGUUUUCGAGGAUAUCCCGAACUUGCGGAAACUGCAACUGGAGUCGAAUGACCUCUCCUUUUUGCCAGCUGGUAGCAUGGAUGCCAUAUCCACGAUUCAGCAAAUACGUAUGGGUCAAAAUCCUUGGCAUUGCGAUUGCCGUGCCUCUUAUGUCGCUUCUUGGCUGCGCAAAAGAUUUGCCAUCUUCGCGAAUCUGACCAAUCCGUUGCAGAUACAACGGGUUUUAAUCAUAACGGGCAAUUGGAGUGUCUGGGAAUUUGGGGCUGGUGCAACCUGCAGAGGUCCAGGUACACUCGGCGGUCAGCCGCUUCUGCGUUUAACCUUUCAUGAACUUUGCGAGGGUCAAUGGGCUUCUAUGAAGGGUAUCAUACCACGAUUACCCCUUGAUGUUAUAACGCCGUCCGUCACAUCGCAAACAGCUAGGAAAGACACAAUUUUGGUGUGAAAGACGUGAAGCUCAGACUUAUGAAUUCCCUGCGGAGAAUGGAAAAUAUUGCAUAAUACGUUAAAUAAAAAUGUACUUUAAAAUAUUAACUUUGUAGGUUUUGUUUUAAAUAUUUGCCAAUAUUACAUCAAUAAUCUCGCGGACAGAUAAAUUGCAACUUGAAAAUGAUGAUGAAUACCUACAGAAAUAUGCCUGUACACUUUUAUGAUAUAAUUAUGAUAUAUUUAUGAUAUAGUUAAUAAAACGUACAUAAUGUGUAACAUACUGUAGUAUCACACGAUGAAUAUUUGUACCGCUGGGAGAUAUAUGUACACACAUUUCUAAGCAACAAAAAACAAUUUAUUCUUGCGUUUGAAAUGGAAGGGAUUCAAUAAGCAAAGCGAGUUGUUUCAAUAUACUCUUCGUGAUGACCGCGUCAA